AUGGCAACGUAUUACUUCAAGGGUUUGAGUAAUUCAGCUGACGUACAGCAUCAGCACCCUUCGGGUGGACGCGAAUCGAUCAGUUACGGUGUUAACAGUGCAAAUGGCGCUUCAUUAUUAAAGCUAAGUUCUGAUACGGUCGGGUACUUGGGCAGUCCUGAAGUAUUGGGCACUGGUGAAUAUCAACAUUUUUCUGUCAGGGUUGAAAUGGAUGAUGAGCAGUUGUUGGGUACAGAAGAAUGCCGACAGAGUGAGGCUUCUGACGAAUACCGUUUCAUCUUUUCAAAAGCAGAUUUAGACGAAAUAUUUCCAUUCAAUAGCGAGUUUGUGAGAAAGUUAUUUACAAACACCUAUGUACUUUUUGCCGGGGAUUCCAUUUUACGGACGCAGUAUAAGGACUUUAUCUGCUUACUGCAGAGGGAUGGGCUCUGUCAACAGUCGGUAUUGAGGAAGGUUAAUGAACCCGUGUGUAUGGGUGAUGUUCAGACAGAUCAGAAUGAAAAAGCGUUUAAUGGUCCAUUAACAAAAUGUUCUAGAGAAUAUUCAGACGCUACGCAUCUUGUGCGAUAUAAUUUUGUUUCUAGGCUAGUGCUUUACCUGGCGUUAUUUGCUACGUCAUGCAUGAAUGAUGAAGUGAAAAAGUUACUUUGCUCGUUCCUUCAUGAGCCUCCGGAUGUCCUCUUUUUGAAUUCUUGUUUGUGGGAUGUAUCUCGUUAUGGCAGUCAUCCUAAUGGCUGUGCAACGCUUAAUCGGGAUGGCGAACGUUCAGAAGAAGAUGAGAGAAGCGGUUUACAGCAGUAUGCUGACAGGUUGAGCAGGUUGAUGAGGAGCUUACAUGAUUUCUUACCUGGGGGAACAAUGGUCAUAUGGGUUACUACACCGCCAGUUCGAAAAAGUCAGAGCGCUUCUGUACAUCAGCUUAACAGCAACGAGUAUAACGGAAGAUUAGUGGCUCAUGCGAAUUACAUUGCAUCUCAGAUAGUUCGCGCAGCUGGGUACGAUGUAGCAGAUAUCGAUUUUUUACUCAGGAUCCCCCAUUUCAAUCGGUUUCAAUCAAAAGAUGGUGUACAUUGGUUACCUGAAGUAGUACGACUCAUUUCUCAGCUACUAAUCAGCCAUGUCGUCAAAGGAUGGCGAUACCCGUUGGAUGGGAAAACGGCUUCUCAUAUUAAUAAACUGUUAGUGCUGCCUAAUAAGGCAGAAUUUAAUGAAGCUAAGAGCGGUAAUCUGGAAACAGACAAUGGUUUGAAAAUUUUUGGCGCUGCCGCAACCAGAAAGCUGUGUCCCUUGGGGAUACCAGAUGCUUACCGCAAACAAAACGAUCGCAUCAUGAAGAUACUUAAUACUAUUAAAGGGAAGAAGAUGUGCAGGGAAAUAUCCUUUUUUCGUUACGUACAACACCAGCUAAACCAGCUCGAAGCGCAGAAAGAGGGAAAGAUUUCUGGAGAGGAAGUUGUUGGUGUCAGCGAUGCUUUUUUGAAAUGUGUGGAAGACGUAAUUGGGACUGAACAGGCGUUUGAUAUUAUGAAGAAUGCAAUGUCGAACUCAUUGGAAAAUCAUGAGAAAGUUGGCAUUUCAGAUUCUUUACUUUGCUUGAUGCGUCUUGUUCGUUCUCAAACUUUACUUUUUCUUGCGCUGUAUCGUGAACUUGAUGCAACUGCUAUUUGGAAGCGCACAGUUUUUCAAUUUUUUAGCGGAAUUUGCUGGGAGAAGGAGACGAAAAUAAAAGUAAAAGUCGUCGUCUUUGGCGCUGUGAUCGAUGCGGAAAACGAAAGUGGAGUCUGGGACAGUGAAGAUACUGUUAAAUUUAAAUUUUCUUUAAUCAAGAGCUCUUCUAGGGUUUUUUGUUUUGAAGGUAUUGAAGCAUUAUUUUUGCAGUGA